AUGGAAUGCCUCCGGGACACCUUCAACCCUGGUUUCGUCCUCGGCGGACGCUACCAGACGGUUUCACCCCUCAACCAUGGCUCCUUCGGGAUGGUCUUCAUGGCCAGAGAUCUCAAGACCAACGAGACCGUUGCCAUCAAGUGUCUGACCAAGAGGGCUGCUGCCAACGAGGCUGGCCUCAACAUUGCUAUCGACGAGAAAUCCGAAGAGCUAGCUUUGCAUCGGCGCCUCAGUUUCCAUCCCAACAUUGUCAACUUGCUCGAUUCCUUUGAGACGGAUGCCCACGUCUUCAUCGUCCUCGAAUUCUGUGAGCAGGGCGAUCUCUACGAGGCCAUUCGGAUCGGACACGGACCGUUGGAGACGGAGCACGUCCGCCACUUCAUGUUGGAGCUCAUCGAUGCCGUUUCCUACAUCCACUCCAAGGGCAUCUACCACCGCGACAUCAAGCCCGAAAACAUCUUCCUCGGCCAAUCUGGCACCUUGAAGCUGGGUGACUUCGGGCUGGCAACCACCGAGAGAUGGACCUUUGAGGCCACUGUUGGCAGCGACCGCUACAUGUCACCGGAGCAGUAUGACUCGGCUGGGGCGGGAUACUCUCCUGCCCAGGCUGACAUCUGGGCCGUUGGCGUCUGCCUGCUCAACAUCCUCUUCUCCCGCAACCCGUUCACCACCCCCACCGAGGCAGAUCCACUCUUCCUCGACUUCUCCCGGGAUAAGCAGGCCUUGUUCGAUGUCUUCCCUUCGAUGUCACAGGAUACCUACGAGGUCAUCGUCGAGUGCAUGAAUCUUGACCCUAGCAAGCGCUCGCUUGUCGGCGCCCGCAACGCACUUCGUCGUCUCGUCAGCUUCACGACCUUGGAUGAGGCCCUCGAUGAUUUCUGCACUGCCGAUCGUCAUAUUGUGGCCAGCUCCAACCGCGAACCCCUCCGCACCCCGUCCAUUCAGAGCCCCCAGAUAGAGACGGGUGCCUUCCCAUGGGCCAAGGCGCUCCAUGCCAGCCCUCAGAAGCCGAGUCGCCAGCUCAGCGCCAUCCCUGACGACGAGAGCUACACCGAGGACUUGUUCUCCAAGUCUGGCACGACGGUAGAUUGGCUGUCUGCAGCGGCCCAGACCCCUUCCAUCUCCUCGGUUAUGAACUCUAGUCUUGGAGCGUCAAUGCAGUCGCUUGCCAUCGGCCGACCGAGGCUGCCACCACGCAAUGGCACCAAGGUGUCUCCCAUGGCCGGAUCGCUCCCGAUUACCAUGAACAAGUCCAAGAACCUCUCUGCCAUGUCGCUGGUGUUUGGUCGCAAGGAGACUGUGUCCAAGAGCUGGAGUGACAUGUGGGAUGAGGAUGUCGAGGAGGAGGAAGAGGAGCGAGCCCGGCAGAUGCAGGUACUUAAGGAAAUCAACUCGAGGACCUGGAGCCACGAAAGCAAGGCUGCUGAUGAUGACAACACCCCUCGCCAGGGUCAGUCGCCUGCCCCCAAGGCCGCAGCCGUGAACUCCAAGGCCGACGACCGCUCAAUCGAGUCGACCAUGUCGAAUGACGUGGACGAGGAUCUGUUCUUCUUCCAGGAUACUUCGCCAGUGGACGGGCAAGCAUUGGAGGUGCCUCGUUACUCGCCACCACCCAAGCGCAAUGCCGCCGACAAGUGGGAGGCCCUUGGAGAACGACGGAGGGCCUACACUGGCAACUCGAGAAGCUUCAAGCCCGCCGAGGUUACAAUGAAGACUGGACUCCACAUUGGCGACCCUAUCGACUACGCUUCUUUUGGGUAUGGAGUUCCGGAUCUUUAUGGCGACACUCAUCAUCAUCACAACCCUUUCUCCCUGUUUACCCACAACAAUCCCUCGUCCACCCAGCACACCACGAACACUGGCAAAUGGAACAGCAUCGUCAACAAGGAUCGCGCCAAGGAAUGCCCCCGGUCCAGGGGCCGCGAACGAGAUUGGAAUUGGAACUUCAACUGGCGCAAGGAUAAGCGCCACGAUUUCGGCGAUGUUGAGUGGGUUGGUGACUGGCAGGAAGCUCACUCUUAG